GAGCAGUCAGCCGGCUGCAGCGGGGGCUUGUCAGCUGUUCCUGGCGCUGCCCGGCUCCUUGAGAGCCAGCGCCUAGACCGGCGGGACCCGGACGGGCGAACCAGCCUGUCUAGGAACUCGGGCAAUGCCCCGCCACGGAGUAUCUGCCGGCGAGGGCCACCCCAGGUCCAGCUGGGAGACGGAAUCGGACCGGUCCCGGGGUUCCCCCAGACUGAGGCUUCUGUGGAUAGGCCUGGCUGUGGCGCUGGCCCUGCCGGACUCCCUGGUUCUCUGGGCCCCGGCUGGGGCCCACCCUCUUCCCACCCAAAGCGAUCCGGCCAGGUUCAGUCGCUUAGUGCCCCAGCUCCGCAACGCCUUUGGGUGGUGGAACCUCACCUGCCCAGUAUGCAAAGGCUUGUUCACCGCCAUCGACUUCGGGCUGAAGAAGGAGCCCGGUGUGGCCUGGGUGGGCUCCAUGGCCACCAAGCUCUGCAAACUGCUGAAGAUAGCACCGCCCACUGUGUGCCAGUCCACCGUCCAGCUCUUUGAAGAUGACAUGGUGGAAGUGUGGACACGCUCAGUGCUGAGCCCAUCUGAGGCCUGUGGUCUGCUCCUGGGCUCCACCUGUGGGCACUGGGACAUCUUCUCAUCUUGGAACGUCUCUUUGCCAGCUGUACCAAAGCCUUCCCCACAACCACCCAAGCCCCCAGCCCCAGGUGCUCCUGUCAGUCGCAUCCUCUUCCUCACUGACCUGCACUGGGAUCAUGGUUACCUGGAGGGCACAGACCCUGACUGUGAGAACCCACUGUGUUGCCGCCAGGAUUCUGGCCUGCCACCUGCCUCCCGCCCAGGUGCUGGAUACUGGGGCGAGUACAGCAAGUGUGACCUGCCCCUGCGGACCCUGGAGAGCCUGUUGAGCGGGCUGGGCCCUGCUGGUCCCUUUGAUAUGGUGUACUGGACAGGAGACAUCCCGGCCCACAACGUCUGGCACCAGUCACGUCAGGACCAGCUUCGGGCCCUGACCACCAUCACAGCCCUUGUGAAGAAGUUCUUGGGCCCAGUGCCUGUGUACCCUGCUGUGGGCAACCACGAGAGCACACCUGUCAAUGGCUUCCCUCCCCCCUUCAUACAGGGCAAUUACUCUUCCAGCUGGCUCUACAAGGCAAUGGCCAAGGCGUGGGAGUCCUGGCUGCCUGCUGAAGCCCUUCACACCCUCAGAAUUGGGGGGUUCUAUGCCCUCUCCCCACGUCCUGGCCUCCGUCUCAUCUCUCUCAAUAUGAAUUUUUGUUCCCGUGAGAACUUCUGGCUCUUGAUCAACUCCACAGAUCCUGCUGGACAGCUCCAGUGGCUAGUGGGGGAGCUUCAGGCUGCUGAGGAUCGAGGAGACAAGGUACAUAUAAUUGGCCACAUUCCCCCAGGGCACUGCCUGAAGAGCUGGAGCUGGAAUUAUUACCGAAUUGUAGCCAGGUAUGAGAACACCUUGGCUGGUCAGUUCUUUGGCCACACCCACGUGGAUGAGUUUGAGGUCUUCUAUGACGAGGAGACCCUGAGCCGGCCACUAUCUGUGGCCUUCCUGGCACCCAGUGCCACCACCUACAUCGGCCUUAAUCCUGGUUACCGCGUCUACCAAAUAGAUGGCAACUACCCGGGGAGCUCUCAUGUGGUCCUGGAUCAUGAGACCUUCAUCCUGAACCUGACAGAGGCUAAUGAACCAGGAGCCACGCCACAUUGGCAGCGUCUCUACAGGGCUCGAGAAACCUACGGGCUGCCCAGUGCACUGCCUGCCGCCUGGCAUGACUUAGUGUACCGCAUGCGGGGUGACACGCAACUAUUCCAGACCUUCUGGUUUCUCUACCAUAAGGGCCACCCGCCCUCAGAGCCCUGUGGCAUGCCCUGCCGCCUGACCACUCUGUGCGCCCAGCUCUCAGCUCGCUCUGACAGCCCUGCUCUAUGUCGCCAUCUGGUGCCAGAUGGAAGCCUCCCUGAUGUCCAGAGCCUGCAGCCAAGGCCACCUUUCUGCUAGCACCCCCAGGGCCCAGAGUUGGGAAGGUAGAAUUCGUAGGAGAGGAGCAAACCCCGCAGAUGACAGCUGUGGUAAGAAGAGUAUCUGGGCCCUGAGCACACCAGGGAAACAGGACCUUCUUUCAUGGAGAUGGUGUGUCUAGAUACAGGAGGGGGCAGCUGCUCUGCCUGUGCCCAGCAUCUAAGCUGCCCUGGGACUGCUGCCUCUCAUGGCUUGGAGCAAAGGCCUACGUUGGUACUGCCCCGGCAGACCCAACAGGAGCUGGGCUGGCCAGCCAGGAACCCUGUACUGCUGCUGUUGCCUGGUUGCCAGGCUGUUAAAAUAAAGAUAAAAGACUUGGACUCCAGACCCC